UGUUUAUAUGCCAAAAGUAUCUGCAAAAAGUGAUAUAAUUCCUCAAUAUCAAGAAUCAAAUUUAAUAAAAAAUGAAAAAACUUUAUUAGAGACUAAAAAGAAAAAAAAGGUGUCUAUAUUUGAAUUGUUUCGAUUUGCAACUACAAAGGAAAAGAUGUUGAUAGUUAUAGCUUCUAUAUUUUCACUAGGAUCAGGAAGUCUUCCUCCAUUCGCACUUCUUAUAUAUGGGUCAUUUUUAUCGACAGUCCCGCUUGAUUUAUCAAACAAAGAUAGAUUUUUAGAUGCAGUUGUACCGAUUGUUCUAAAGAUGGUGUAUACGGGUACAGCAGCUAUGGUAGCAGGUUAUUUAUCAAACUGUUUAUGGGUCAUAACUGGAGAAAGUCAAGCACGUAGAAUAAGAUGUCUUUAUUUACAUACAAUGUUAAAUCAAGAUAUGGCUUGGUUUGACAAGUUGAAAGAUGAUGAUUUAGCUACUCGAUUAGCUUCAGAUACACAAAUUAUCCAAGACGGUAUAUCAGAAAAAUUCGGCCUUUUUAUUUCAUUCACAGCGCAAUUCAUAUCAGGAUUUAUUGUAGCUUUUAGCAAAGGAUAUAAAAUGGCUUUAGUCAUGAUUUCUGUUUUACCUCUCUUAAUAGCUAUCAUGAUCAUUAUUGUUAAAUACGUUAAAAGAUUUACUGUUCUUACUCUAAAUGCAGACGCUAAUGCAGGUUCUGUUGUUGAACAAGCAUUAUACUCUAUUCGAACUAUUUAUUCAUUUAGCCUUCAACAGAGGUUUUUAAAACGCUAUGAAGAUAAGCUCAAACUGGUACGAUGGCUUAGUAUUAAAAAGGGUGCAGUCAUCUGUUUUGGGACUUCAAUUUUUAUGGUUCUAUUUUACGGUUCCUUUGGUUUAGCCCUUUGGUAUGGUUCAAAGCUGACGAUAGAAGGAGAGCUGGCAAACUCAGCUGUCUACAUUGUAUUUUUAGGGAUGAUUACCGGAAGUAUGUCACUUACACGUAUCGUUCCCAAUUUGGUAGCUAUUACGAAUGCAUGUAGUGCCUCAUAUUAUGUCUUUAAGGCUAUUGAUUGUAUCCCUACUAUUAAGUCUGAUGAUAGCAAAGGGAAACGUCUUCCACAAUUAAAUGGAGCUAUUGAGUUCAAAAAUGUUAGCUUUUCGUAUCCUACUCGACCUACCGUAAGAGCUCUUGAUAAUAUAUCUUUGAAAAUUAAUCCUGGAACAACCGUUGCCUUUGUGGGCCCCUCAGGAUCUGGCAAAUCAACCAUUAUUCAGUUAAUUCAACGGUUUUACGACCCAGAAAUAGGAGAGGUCUUACUAGACGGUCAAUGUUUAAAGGAGAUGAAUGUAAAAUGGUUACGCGAAAAUAUUGGCACUGUAGGGCAGCAGCCCAUAUUAUUUAACAUGACAAUCCGACAAAACUUAUUGCUGGGUAGUCAUGAAAAGGUGACGGAAGAAGAUUUAAUAAAUACCUGCAAGGAGGCUAACUGCCAUCGAUUUAUUACGCAGUUACCUAAGGGGUAUGAUACAGCUGUUGGAGAACAAGGUGGUAUAUUAUCUGGUGGCCAAAAGCAACGUAUAGCAAUAGCACGAUCCACUUUAAAGAAUCCAAGUAUAUUACUUUUAGACGAGGCAACUUCUGCUUUAGACACUCAAUCUGAGAGACUUGUACAAGAUGCUUUGGACAAAGCUUCUGCUAGUCGUACGACAAUUGUUGUUGCGCAUCGUUUAUCUACCAUAUCAAAGGCAGAUAUGAUUGUCGUUAUGGAUCAGGGUAGAAUCAUCGAACAAGGCAACCAUGAAGAAUUACUUUUAUUAAAUAAAAAAUAUGCUAGUUUGGUGAAAAAACAAAAAAUAAAGAUGGAAAGAGAUAGUUUAGUUGUAGACAAACCAGAAAUCAAAUUCAGUGAUCCUGAAACUAUUUUAGAUAUAGAAGAAAAGGAAUUCGUAUUGAAAAUAAGUGAACCCUCAUCAGAGUUAAAUGUAUCAAAGGAUCCCAGUAUACAGGAAACUUCAUGCGAGAGCAUACGAGAGGAGAAAACGAGUGGGAACAAUGACAGUCAUGGAAAGGGAUUUCAUUUAAACAGUAACGAAUAUAACGAUCACGAUACUAAUGGAACUAAUGGUAAAAUAAGAAGGGUCUCUACUUGGCAGAUCGUACAGCAGAUGAGACCAGAAUGGAGACUACUCUCGUUAGGGGUGAUUGGAGCCUGCUUUCAAGGCUGUGUAUUACCUCUCUAUGCCUAUACUUUUGCAUCUGUCAUCUCUAUCCUCUUUGAACCAGUUCUUUAUUUCCCAAAACCAUUUGAAGGCACGAAUAUGUAUGCAUUCUUAAUUGUUAUGAUCGGUAUAGGGUCAGCCAUUACCUAUACUAUGAGUAAUCUAUGUCUUCUCCGGGCAAGUGAAGAUUUCAGUUGUCGAUUAAGAGGACACAUUUUUGCAGCUUAUAUGAAGCAGGAUAUGACAUUCUUUGAUGAAGAGGGCCAUAGUGUAGGCGUACUUACAAAUCAAAUACGUACAGAUGCUCGAAAUGUGAGUGAGAUGGUGACGGUCGUAUGGAAUGAUAUCAUUCAUCUUUGCGCAACACUCGUGACAGGCCUGACGAUCUCCUUUAUAUUCAGUUGGCAGUUAACACUUGUUAUCCUCUGCAUGGCUCCCUUUAUCUUUAUAUCUACUUCGUUUGAAAUAUAUAUUCAGCAGGGUUUUAUGGAUAAAACCAAGGUGGCAAAUGCCAAAAGUAGCCAAGUCGCCUCAGAGGCAAUACGUGAGGUAAGAACAGUCGCUAGUCUAAAUCAACAGACAAACUUUGAAGAUCAAUACUUUAAGGCAACAGAACUUCCGCAUCAUUUAUCAAUACGGAAGGCAUACCUUUCAUCUAUAGGUGCUGGCUUUUACAGAUGUAUCCCGAUUUAUACAAACGCAUUAGCCUUUUACACGGGGGCAAUAUUUAUUACGAAUGGCAGCAUUCAUUUUCGUCAACUGAUUACGAGCAUUACUGUACUCAUCACAACCUGUGAGACAGCGGGACGAAGUAGUAUGUUUGCUGCAGUUUAUCAAAAGGGGAAGCAUGCAACCUCUGUCAUUUUUGAUCUCUUUGAACGACAUGCAAGGAUAGAUAGUAUGUUGGAAGGAUAUGAGCCAAGGACGGUUCAGGGAGAUAUUGAUUUUAAUAAUAUCAAAUUUGCUUAUCCUACUCGUCCUGAUGCGCUUAUCUUUGAUGGUACCUUUAAUUUAAAUGGCAAAUCAGGGCAAACGAUUGCUCUUGUCGGUCCCUCAGGGUGCGGGAAAUCCACGACAAUCGGGCUAUUACAGCGUUGGUACGACCCGAUAGAUGGACUUGUAUCCCUUGAUCAUAUGAAUGUCAAGUCUUAUACUACGGAUAAUUUGCGCAGCCAUAUGGCCUUAGUAGGACAAGAACCCAUCUUGUUUGACAUGACAAUUGAAGAAAAUAUAAGACUUGGCUUGACCUCUGAAACAAACGCCAGUCAACAGGAUAUUGAAAAUGCUGCUAAAGCGGCUGACAUUCACACUUUUAUUAUCACAUUACCGAAAGGAUAUCAGACUCGCGUCGGUUUUAAAGGCUCUCAACUCUCUGGUGGUCAAAAGCAACGUAUUGCGAUUGCACGCGCUUUAAUUCGUAAGCCAAAAAUUCUGCUAUUGGAUGAAGCUACUUCAGCAUUAGAUAGUGAAAGUGAACGAGUAGUGCAAGGUGCGUUAGACAAGAUUAUUCAAGAAGGGGAAAAGAUGACCAUCAUAAUUGCUCAUCGAAUGUCUACAAUCACACAUGCUGAUCUGAUAUGUGUCAUCAAAGAAGGAAAGAUAAUAGAGAAAGGUUCACAUUGGGAACUUUUAGACUUGAAGGGAACUUAUUCCAGGCUUGUUUCUGAGCAAAAUCUAUCUGUUACAUAACCUUAGAAACAAAUAUCCAAUUCAUUAAAAAUAUGAAAUAAAAAUUUCUUAAUAUACAUCAUUCAAAUUUUAUCCAUCCAUUUUUAUCAUUUCCAAUGAAAUCAUCUACGGUAUAUUACAUGUAAUGAUUUAUUUUU